AUGUCAUUGAUCAGGAAAAGGAAAUUGAAGGAAUUAGAACAAGAACAAGAACAACAACAUGGUUCAAAAACCCAACAUACACCAGCACAUGAUAGUUCAGAAGUAGAACUAAUUGGACGACUAUAUAAUGUCAACGAAAAAGGAACCAAUCUAGAUAUUCCCAAGAAAUCUGUAGUAAUUAUUGGACGUAGUAGUUCAUGUGAUAUUAGAAUCCAAGGAAUUGAUGUUUCUUCAAAGCAUUGUCAAUUAAACAUUAUUCAAACUACCAAUAAGCAUAUUAAUACGCGUAGUGAAUAUUUAAGCAUUACAGAUUUGAGUUCAAAUGGGAUCAAAAUAAAUGAUGAAAGUAUGAGCAAGAGAACAAGUAUAAUUCUUAAGACAGGAGAUAAAAUUGCAUUUGCUAAAACUGGAGGGUGCUAUAUUUUCCGAUAUAUUAUUAGUGAUCAAGAAUACAAUGAGGAAGAUGAUGGAAAUGUGCAGUUGAAAAAAAAGAAAAAGUAUGCUUCAUUUUUUGACGAUUAUAUUCUUGGUAAACAAUUAGGGUCAGGUCAUUAUGCUGUUGUGAAAGAAGCUAAAGAUAAAAAAACGGGACAAGCUGUUGCCGUUAAGAUUUUCCAUCCUAAUAAAUCAGGUUUGGUGAAUAAAGCCAAUUCGGCACAACAACAGCAAGAAGAUCUCAAAUUACAACAAGAAAUGAAUUUAUUAUUGUCAAUUGACCAUCCUAAUAUCGUCAAAUUCAUUAAUCAUUAUGUUGAACCAAUUAACAACUAUUCCGUCAACACUUAUUUGGUAUUGGAGAAAAUGAAUAGCGGAGAAUUAUUUCAACGAAUAAUUAACAAAUCAAAAUUAAGAAUUGAUGAAACAAAAGCAAUUUUCCGUCAAAUUUUGUCUGGUUUAAAAUAUUUACAUGAUCAUGAUAUUAUUCAUCGUGAUAUUAAACCCGAAAACAUUUUAUUGGAUAUAACUCCAAAGACGUCGCCACACCAGAAAUCGAUGGGACCAUGGGAUAAAGAUGAAUUUGACAUCAAAGUCAAAAUUGCUGAUUUCGGAUUAGCUAAGUUUAUUGGGGAAUUGAAAUUUACCAACACUUUAUGUGGGACUCCUGCUUAUGUGGCACCGGAAAUUCUUAAACCCAAUUGUCGAAAGUAUAGUACAAAAGUCGAUCUUUGGUCACUGGGGGUAUUAUUAUAUGUAUGUCUUUGUGGGUUCCCGCCAUUUAGUGAUGAAUUGGGUCCACCAAAUAUGAAGGAACAAAUUUUGACUGGUCAAUAUGCAUUUUAUUCUCCUUAUUGGGAUGAAAUAAGUGAUGUUGUUUUGGAUUUGAUAAGUAAUUUAUUAAUUGUGGAUCCGAAUGAAAGAUUUAAUGUUGAACAAACAUUGAAUCAUUUUUGGUUUAAUGAAAAAGAACAAGACAGUUUAGAUAAUAGUGAAGGAGCUGAAGAAAGUCAAAUUGUCGAAGAAUCAAGUUGUUUUUCAUCUUCAUCUCAACCUUCAUCGAUGAUAAAUGGCACUAAAAGACUAAUGAUAAGAUCCAACACUCAACCAAUUACUUUAAAAGAACAGCAUGAAUCACAAAUCAAUUUCAAAACUUGA